AUGUUACGCGCGAGAGCAUUUCGGCAGACCAAUGGUAAGAUCGUGAAGAUUCAGGUGCAUCCGACUCAUCCAUGGAUUGUUACGGCUGAUGAUACGGAUCACGUCUCCGUCUGGAACUGGGAGCAUCGUCAGGUGAUUUAUGAAUUGAAAGCAGGUGGAGUCGACGAGCGCCGUUUAGUUGGUGCUAAGUUAGAGAAGCUCGCCGAGGGAGACUCUGACUAUAAAGGCAAACCUACUGAAGCUAUUAGAGGAGGAAGUGUUAAGCAGGUGAAGUUUUAUGACGAUGAUGUGCGUUAUUGGCAACUGUGUCGCAAUCGUUCUGCAGCUGCUGAAUCUCCAUCUGCUGUUAAUCAUCUCACGUCUGGUUUCACUUCUCCUGCUCCGUCGACUAAAGGCCGGCAUUUUUUGGUAAUCUGUUGUGAGAAUAAAGCUAUUUUCUUGGAUUUGGUUACAAUGCGUGGCCGAGAUGUGCCGAAGCAAGAGCUUGACAACAGGUCGCUUCUUUGCAUGGAGUUUCUUACCAGAUCAUCUGGUGGUGAUGGCCCUUUAGUUGCAUUUGGUUCAACUGACGGUGUCAUUAGGGUUUUAUCAAUGAUAACAUGGAAGCUUGCACGUAGAUAUACAGGUGGUCAUAAGGGAUCAAUUUAUUGCUUAUUGAAUUUCAUGGCAUCAUCUGGCGAGGGACUCCUUGUUUCGGGUGGUAGUGAUGGCUUACUUGUACUGUGGAGUGCCGAUCAUGGCACUGAUUCACGGGAACUUGUACCCAAGCUUAGCUUAAAGGCACAUGAUGGUGGUGUGUUGGCUGUUGAGUUGUCACGGGUAAGUGGCAGUGCUCCACAAUUGGUUACAAUCGGUGCUGACAAGACAUUGGCCAUAUGGGACACAAUGACAUUUAAGGAGCUGCGGAGAAUUAAACCUGUCCCGAAGCUAGCUUGCCACAGUAUUGCAUCCUGGUGUCACCCUCGAGCACCAAACCUUGAUAUUUUGACAUGCGUUAAAGAUUCACACAUAUGGUCUAUUGAGCAUCCAACUUAUUCGGCUUUAACAAGGCCAUUAUGUGAACUUUCUUCCUUGGUUCCGCCUCAAGUACUUGCAAUCCACAAAAAACUUAGGGUCUAUUGUAUGGUUGCUCAUCCUCUUCAGCCACAUCUCGUCGCAACUGGUACCAAUCUUGGUAUUAUAGUUAGUGAAUUUGAUCCUCGUGCCAUCCCGUCUGCAGCUCCUCUACCAGCACUGCCUGGAAGUCGGGAGAAUUCAGCUGUAUAUAUCCUUGGAAGAGAAUUAAAGCUAUUAAACUUUCAAAUAUCCAACUCAGCCAACCCAUCCCUUGGAAAUAAUAGUGCCUUGUCCGAAUCAGGAAUGUCUAAGGGAGACUCAGGUGACCAGUUGACUGUAAAGCAGACCAAAAAGCAGAUUGUGGCACCUGUUCCACAUGAUUCAUACUCGGUACUUUCUGUAAGCAGUUCAGGAAAGUAUGUGGCAGUUGUAUGGCCUGAUAUCAUGUACUUCUCUAUCUACAAGGUUAGUGACUGGACCAUUGUUGAUUCUGGAAGUGCAAGACUUUUGGCUUGGGAUACUUGUCGAGAUAGAUUUGCGAUACUAGAAUCUGUAUUACCUCAAAGGAUGCCUGUAAUCCCAAAGGGUGGUUCAUCAAGAAAGGCGAAAGAAGCCGCUGCAGCCGCAGCUCAAGCUGCUGCUGCUGCUAAUGCAGCUUCAUCAGCUAGUGUCCAAGUUCGUAUCCUCUUAGAUGAUGGAACCUCAAACAUUCUCAUGAGAUCUGUAGGAGGUCGCUCUGAACCGAUUCUCUUUAUGUAUUCUCGAGCUAUCUUUUGA